AUGGCUCCGUCAUACGAGCACCUCCGCGAGGCGGACCUGGACGAGGAUGAAUUCGACGAGGAUGAGGUUGACGUUUCUGAUCUCCGCGAGAAGUUCGAGGUGCAGUUGGAGCAAGGCUUCGACACAUUUGUGGUUAUCGAUGGCCUCCCAGAGGUCACAGAGGAGCAGAAGCCCAAGCUUGUCAAGUUCCUGUUGAAGAAGUUGACCUCGGUCGGCAAGACAAAAGAGGACAUGAUUGAUAUGCCCAUGGGCCCUGAUGGCAAGUCUCUUCGAUUUGCUUUCGUCGAGUACUCUUCGCCCGGCGAGGCUGCUGCCGCGGUCAGGCAGUUGGACCGCGUUCCUCUCGACAAGAAACACACACUCCGCGUCAACAAGCUUAUGGAUAUCGACCGUUUCGGACGCGAGGGUAGGAUAGAUGACGAGUACCAGCCCCCCCACAUUGACGAGUUCCGCCCGAAGGAUCACCUCCGCUCAUUCAUGGCCGACCCCUCGGGCCGUGGCCGCGACCAAUUUGUCAUGUUCCGUGGCGACCACGUUGGUGUUUUCUGGAACAAUGAGAAGGAUGCCCCAGAGAACAUUGUGGACAGGCCUAACUGGACCGAGAGCUUUGUCCAGUGGUCUCCUCUUGGCACAUACUUGUUGUCGAUGCACAUGCAAGGUGUGCAGCUCUGGGGAGGGCCAAAAUGGGACAGGUUAGGCCGGUUCCCUCAUCCGUUUGUCAAUAUGGCUGCCUUCUCUCCCCAAGAAAACUACCUCGUCACCUGGUCAAACCGUCCGAUAUCCAUCCCGGAUGAAGGCCACCCUGCUCUCUCAAUGGACGAUGACGGCAAAAACUAUGUUAUUUGGGAUAUCGCAACAGGCAAGCCACUCAGGUCUUUUGCCAAUCUCGACCUCCCGCCUGACGACCCCAACAAGCCGCCACGCAAGCACCCCUGGCCUGCUUUCAAGUGGGCAUCCGACGACAAGUACGUCGCAAGGUUGACCCAGGGUCAGUCCAUUUCCGUGUAUGAGCUGCCGCGUAUGAACCUGCUCGACAAGACUACGAUCAAGGUUGAGGGUGUCCAAGACUUUGAAUGGGCACCGUCACGCCCGCAGAGAGAUGGAGUCAAAACCUAUGAGCAAAUGUUCUGCUACUGGACACCCGAAAUUGGCAGCAACCCCGCCAAGGUCGGUCUCAUGUCCAUUCCCUCGAAGGAGGUAGUCCGUUCGCUCAACCUUUUCAGUGUGUCCGAUGUGAAGCUGCAUUGGCAAUCCGAGGGUGCUUAUCUCUGCGUCAAGGUUGACAGGCACUCGAAGUCUAAGAAGUCUCAGGCAACAACGCUGGAGAUCUUCCGUGUCAAGGAGAAGGGAGUCCCGGUUGAAGUUGUCGACACCAUCAAGGAUACCGUUAUCAACUUUGCUUGGGAGCCCAAGGGUGACCGCUUCCUCGUCAUCACAACAAUCACGCCCACUGGCGAAGUUGCAGUUCAACCUAAAACCGCCAUAUCCUUCUUCUGCCCUGAGAAGUCCAAGGGGCCCACAGUCGGCAACUUCAAGCACCUGCGAACUCUGGACAAGAGGAACAGCAACGCUAUUUACUGGUCGCCUAAGGGUCGAUUUGUAGUGGUCGCCACUGUUCACAACCAAAACAGCUCCGAUUUGGACUUCUUCGACUUGGACUUCGAAGGCGAGAAGCCCGAGGGAGAGAAAGACUUGACCGCAAACCUGCAGCUGAUGAACACAGCCGACCACUAUGGCAUAACAGACGUCGAAUGGGAUCCUUCUGGACGUUUCGUGGCUACCUGGGCUUCUGCAUGGAAGCACACUAUGGAGAACGGAUACCACAUGUACGACUUCAAGGGCGAGCAGCUCCGCGAAGAGGCUAUUGAAAAGUUUAAGCAACUUCAGUGGAGGCCGCGACCCCCUACACUGCUCGCCAAGGAAGAGCAGAAGCAGAUUCGCAAGAACCUUCGUGAGUACUCGCGCGUCUUCGAGCAAGAGGAUGCCGAGCGUAUUGCUGGCGCAGACCAAGAGGUGGUCGACCGCAGACGUCGUAUUCUCGAAGACUGGUACGAGUGGCGCGAGUCUGUUGAUGUCGAGGUUGAUGAGGAGAGCGCCGCAAUGGGAGUCUCAUCCAACCCUGCAGAGGAGCUACUCAAGGCCAAGACGGCUGAGAUCCUUGCAAGCGGCCAAGAGGAGGAGCAAGUCAUCGAAGAGAUUGUUGAGGAGGUGCUUGAGGAGAGCGAGGAGAUUGUGAGCUGA